AUGUCGCUCGAUGCAAACUAUGAAAUUCCUCAGACUCAGCAAGCAGCUGUUCCAGAUGGCUCAGGUCCUGGUGCGAAAGUCUUGGUGAAGACUAUCCCUGUCCCUCAGCCGGCCUCACACCAGAUCCUCGUCAUGAUCAACUGGAGUGGUCUCUGCGCAUCGGACAAAUGCUUCCUCCGCGACGAAUGGGCCGCUUACAAUGGGAUGUUUCCUCUCAUGGCUACCUCAUCACUCGGAAUCGCGGGACAUGAAGGAGCUGGGGUGGUUGUAGCCGUCGACGAUGACGUUUCUGCCCUCUGGAAAGUCGGCGAUCGGGCUGGGGUCAAGUGGGUUGAGUCAACCUACGGCGUUCGCGAAAUGUGUUCCAACGGCUUUUGUGAGGUUCAUUUCCCGAAAGUCAUCCAUCAUGCGGUAGAAGUUGCUGGUACCUUUCAGGAAUACUGCGUCACUGAUGGACGAUACGCUACCAAGAUCCCUGACGGAGUCACGGAUAAAGAGGCUGGACCUAUCAUGUGCGGAGGAUUCUCAGCGUACGCGGCUUUACGCAAAAGCCAUGGCAAUCAAACCUAUGGGGCCCAUGGGGUUAUGCUUGCCACUCCCUCGAAGGAGGCAUAUGAUAUCGUGCCACAUACUCUAAGAGUCCGCGGAACACUGGUAACACUUGGCAUCCGGAAUCAUUCCGCUGUUAUGGCUGGAACGAUGGCUGCCCUGGUCAUCGGGAAGAGGUUAAACAUUGUUGGGAGUCUUUUUGGCACCAAAAGGAAAGCCGACGAGGCACUCGACUUUACAGCGAGGGGAUUGAUCCAUCCUAUUUUGACUAAGGGGACUUUGCAUGACAUUGAUAGGUUCUGUGACAUGCUUCAGGAGGGUAGUGUCCCGGGACGAGCUAUGAUCAAGGUAUCUCCUUAA